AUGGCAGAACCAACUGUCCACUCCCUAUUCGAGCCUGUCACUGGCACCUGGCAGUACAUUGUCUCGGACCCCAACACCAAGAGUGCCGUCAUCAUCGACCCAGUUCUGGACUAUGAUCCCGUCAAAGCAGCCGUGUCGACGGGAUCGGCUGAUGCCAUCCUCAAGACUGUCAAAGACAAUGGCUUGAAGAUUGAGAUGAUUCUAGAGACGCAUGCUCAUGCGGACCAUCUGACUGCUGCAUCAUAUCUCCAGUCAGCCCUUGCCAGAAGUCAAGGUUCCAAGCCACUCAUCGGCAUUGGAAAGCUUAUCCGCCAGGUUCAGAGCUUAUUCGGAGAACGAUAUGGCAUCGAUCCAAGAGAGUAUGAUGCCGUGUUUGAUAAGCUAUGGGAAGAUAACGAUGAGUUCAUCAUUGGCACUUUGUCUGCCCGCGCUGUUCAUCUCCCUGGCCAUACGCCAGAUCACAUGGGAUACCAUAUUGGCAAAAACGUGUUUGUUGGUGAUUCCAUCUUUCAUGUUGACAUCGGCUCCGCCCGCGCAGACUUUCCUGGUGGCAGUGCUGAGGCCAUCUUCAACUCUGGUCGCAAGCUUCUCGCACUCCCAGAGGAUACAAAGAUCUGGGUAGGGCAUGACUAUCCACCGGCUGACCGAGAAGCCCCGGUUCCCUUUGCUACGGUGAAGGAACACAGAGAGAACAACAAGCAUCUCAAGGAUGGAACGCGUGAGCAUGAGUUCAUUGAGAUGCGCAAGAAACGUGAUGAGUCCCUUGCUGCGCCUCGAUUGAUUCAUCCUUCGUUGCAGGUCAACAUUAGAGGUGGACGACUGCCGGCACCGAACCCGGCAGGACUCAAGACGAUUCAUUUACCAGUGACGGGUUCGUCGUGGUAG